AUGAGACUCCAGCCCCUCCUUUCUGUGCUCCUCCUCUUUGUGACCAUAGUACCAAAAGCCAGGCCUGGCGUCAUCCCGGGGCUAAAACAGUGCCUCAUUCUCAAAGGCGUUUGCAAGGCUACGAGCUGCACCAGCACAGACGACACCAUCGGUGUGUGCAGCGACGACAAAAAAUGUUGUCGAAAGUGGUGGAUAUUGUAUCCCUACCCAACACCAGCUCCCAAGGCAAAGUCUCCCUAG